GAUCGACAGUGUUUGAGUGGUGCCGGCAUUGUUUCGUACACUGUAAAUGCUUUAAAUAGAAAAUGAGUCGUCAAAAAGAAGUUGAUUAGAAUCAAUGGUCGUAUCAUCUGAAGAUGAAAUAUGAAAAUAUACCUUUGUCAGUAAAUUUAAAAUGCUUUUAAUCGAUGGAAGUGUUAUGGAAGGGGGUGGACAAAUUUUACGAAUGACAAUCGCCUUGAGUGCAUUACUUAGGAAACCAGUAAAAAUUACCAAAAUUCGAGCAGGACGUAAAAAAACCGGUUUAGCUGCACAACAUUUAAAUGGCAUUGAUUUGGCUGGAGAUAUUUGCCGAGCAUCGGUCAAGGGUUUGAGCAUUGGAUCCACUGAGGUUGAAUUCUGUCCGAAUCAAUUGAAAAGCGGCGAAUAUACAGCUGACACCAAAACAGCGGGGAGCGUGGCGCUGUUGCUACAAGUUUCUUUGCCAUUGAUACUAUUUGGUGAUUCCCCGUCCACUUUGCACUUGAAAGGUGGAACAAACGCUGAAAUGGCUCCACAAAUAGACUUCAUAACCGAAAUUUUCCGACCCAAUUUGGAACGAUUUGGCGCAACAUUUGAUUUUACAUUGGAACGUCGCGGAUAUUUUCCUAAAGGCGGUGGAUAUUGUAUAAUCAACGCUCGUCCCAUCAAACAUUUAAAUCCAAUCGAUCUCACGAAUUUCGGUGAUGUCGCAAAGAUUUUUGGCUGGAGUUUCGUGGCCGGCACAUUACCAAUUCAUUUGGCCGACGAAAUGAUGAAUGGUGCCAAAAAUGAACUGAAUCGUGCAUACCAAAAUCGAGCAAUCGAUAUCGAACCAUAUAAGGAAAGUAAAGAAGUUGCUCGAGAUAAUGCAUCUGGAAUAAUAAUCGGUUGUGAAACAACAACGAAUUGCAUACUCGGCGGAUCAGCGCUUGGUUCACGAAACGAGCGUGCAUUUGAUACAGGUAGAAAAGCCGCAGAUGAAAUUAUCAAAUGUACAAAUGUUGGCAGCUGCGUUGACAUUCAUGUUCAGGAUCAAUUGAUAAUUUUUAUGGCAUUAGCACGAGGAGUGAGUCGAGUCCGAUGUACGCUACCACUAACACUACAUACACAAACUGCCAUCCACGUUGCUGAGCUCAUAACCGAGGCCAAAUUCAAUGUGAUUGAAGAAGGUUCAACGGCAAUAAUUGAAUGCAAUGGCAUUGCCUAUGAAAAUGAAUACUUACGAUAAAUCACUUUCUUUUGCUGUAUAUUUUCAAGAAAUAAAAUAAACGUUUACCAAAUUCAUUUGACUUUCAAAC